AUGUCAGGUUCCAACACAACUGACUUCAUCAACCCCUCCACCUUCAUUCUGCUGGGUAUUCCUGGCCUGGAGGUGGCCCAUGUCUGGAUCUCCAUCCCCUUCUGCACCAUGUACGCCAUAGCCGUCUUGGGGAACUUCACCAUCCUGUUCGUUGUGAAGAGAGAGCAAAGCCUGCAUGGGCCCAUGUACUAUUUCCUCUGCAUGCUGGCCAUCACCGACCUGGUCCUGUCUACGUCCAUCCUGCCCAAAACACUGAGCAUCUUCUGGUUCAAUUCCACUGAGAUCGAUUUCAGUGCCUGCCUCACCCAGAUGUACUUCAUUCACUGCUUCACAGGGAUGGAGUCUGGGAUCUUCGUGGCCAUGGCUUUUGAUCGCUACGUGGCCAUCUGCCAUCCCCUGAGACAUUCUACAAUCCUGACAAACCAUGUGGUGGCCAAGAUUGGCCUUGCUGUGGUGCUGCGCGGCGGCAUAUUUGUACUGUUCUAUCCCUUCUUGGCUAGUCAGUGGCCAUAUUGCAGAACCAACAUCAUCCCCCACACAUACUGCGAACACAUAGCAGUGGUGAAGCAGGCCUGCACUGACAUUCAUGUCAGUAUUUACUACGGCGUCUUUUUGAUAGUCUCUGGGAUGGGUCUGGAUAUGUUUUUUAUCACUGUGUCCUAUAUCCAGAUCCUCAGGGCAAUAUUCAGCCUCCCCACAAAGGACGCCCAGCUCAAGACUUUUGGGACAUGCAUCUCUCAUCUCUGUGCCAUCUUAGCCUUUUACAUCCCAGCUCUUUUCUCCUUCCUCACGCAGCGGUUUGGCCACAAUGUACCCCAGCAUUUUCAUGUUCUCAUGGCCAACAUGUACCUCCUGGUGCCCCCCAUGCUAAACCCCAUCAUCUAUGGGGUGAGAACCAAACAGAUCUGGGACAGGCUGCUCCAGCUCAUUACUCAUAAAGGGACCUAA